AUGACACAGCUCUACCAACAUAUCCUGGCAUUAGUAUUUGCUGUAAAAGAGAUCAAUGCUAACGUCCAAAUCUUACCCAACCUCACUCUGGGCUUCCACAUCUAUAACAGCCAUUUCAGUGCCAGCUGGACCUAUCGUUCCUCCUUGGAACUCCUCUCUACAUACAGCAGAUUCAUCCCCAACUACAAGUGUGACUCCCAGAAUGAACUAGCAGCAGUCAUUGGAGGUCCGAACUCUAAGGUUUGUCUUCAUAUGGCAAGUAUACUGAGCAACUACAAGAUUCCACAGCUCAUUUAUGGUCCUGCUCCAAUGAGAAAUAUUAAAACUGAAGUUGCUUUCCUUAACCAAAUGUUCCCAAAUAUAGACCAUCAAUAUGAAGGGAUUCUCAAGUUAUUGCUACACUUCAGAUGGCUCUGGACUGGUGUGGUGAUUGUGAAUUAUGAGAAUGGAGAGAGGUUUCUACAAAGCAUGAUUCCAAAAUUUAUUCGGAGAGGAAUCUGCUUUGAUUUCAUAGGAAGAUUUCCAUCAAUGUCUUAUACUAAUGGUGUUACAGACUUGGUUGCAGAUGGGCUCAAGUCAUUUAAUGUUGCCAUGAGAAGUACUGUUAAUGUGUUGAUCAUUCAUGGGGAAAUUGAUUCCAUGACACUUUUGAGAAUGUUUCCUGCUAUAUCAGAAUAUGAAGAUAUACCAAUAAAGGCUAAAGGGAAAGUUUGGGUUACGACAGUACAGAUGGAUUUCACAUCACUUCCCUUUCAGAGAGAUCAGGACAUAGACUUCCUCCAUGGUACUCUAUCCUUCACAAUUCACUCAGAGGAGGUCUUGGGAUUCCAGGAAUUUGUUCAGAUGAGAAAUCCCAUCUUGGAAAAAGAAGAUGGCUUUAUGAGGAUAUACUGGGAAAAGGCAUUUCAGUGUCAUUUCCCUGACUCUGAGGGAAAUAUGCAGGAUGGAGAUAUUUGCACUGGGGAGGAGAAGCUGGAGACUCUUCCUGGCUCUAUUUUUCCAACAAGCAUGACUGGCCACAGCUAUAGCAUCUACAAUGCAGUCUAUGCUGUGGCACACGCCGUACAUGCCAUGCAUUCAUCUAAGUUGAAGCGCAGGGUGGAUGAAGGGCGGCUGAACCUUUGGAAUCAACAGAUGUGGAAGUCCUUUCGGAGGGUGAAAGUUGGAAGGAUCGACCCCAUGGCUCCCCAAGAAGAAGCAUUCAGCAUUUGUGAAGAAGCCAUUGUGUGGCCCAGCAGGUUUAACCAGGCACAGCCUCUUUCUCUUUGUAAUGCCAAUUGUCCUCUGGGUUAUCAAAAAACAAAGAAGGAAGGGAAACCAUUUUGCUGCUAUGAUUGUGUAUUAUGUCCAGAAGGGAAGAUUUCCAACCAGACAGACAUGGAUGAAUGCUUUCAAUGCCGACCGGAUCAUUACCCAAAUGUGGAAAAGGAUUCAUGCGUGGCAAAGGACAUCCAUUUCUUGUCUUAUGGAGAACCACUGGGGAUCUCUUUGGCCUGCUUUGCUGUUUCCUUGUCCUUCCUUACAGCUUUGGUGCUUUGGAUUUUCAUUAAGCACCGGGACACUCCCAUCGUCAAAGCCAACAACCGCAACCUCUCCUACACUCUCCUCAUCUCCCUCUUGCUUGCUUUCCUUUGUGCUCUUCUAUUCAUUGGUCGACCUGAGAAAGUGACAUGUCUCCUUCGACAAACAGCUUUUGGCAUCAUCUUUUCAGUGGCAGUUUCUUGUGUGUUGACAAAGACAAUCAUUGUGGUCCUUGCUUUCAUGGUCACCAAACCAGGGUCCAGCAUGAGGAAAUGGGUGGGGAAACAACAGGCCACUUCCAUUAUUCUUUCCUGUUCCUUGAUUCAAGCUGCUCUUUGUACUUUGUGGCUGGCAACUUCUCCCCCAUUCCCAGCUUUAGACAUGAACUCAAUGAGUAAAGAAAUUGUUCUGGAAUGUAAUGAAGGGUCAGUCACCAUGUUCUACUGCGUCUUGGGGUUUAUGGGCCUGCUGGCCAUUGUCAGCUUCUCUGUAGCCUUCCUAGCCAGGAAGUUACCUGACAGCUUUAAUGAAGCCAAGUUUAUCACCUUCAGCAUGCUGGUAUUUUGCAGUGUGUGGCUGUCCUUUGUUCCAACUUACUUAAGCACAAAAGGAAAAUAUUUGGUGGCUGUGGAGAUCUUCUCCAUUUUAGCCUCCAGUGCUGGUUUACUAGGCUGUAUAUUUUUCCCAAAAUGUUAUAUUAUUGUGGUGAAGCCAGAGCUGAACAACAAGGACCAGUUAAGAAGAAGAAAUCAGUGA